GAAUAUAGAGAAGGAUAAUGUUUGAAAGACGUUGGAAGUUGUUGAAUAGGCAAUGAAUACAUGCUGCUUCGGCAGAACAACUUUAGUAUUGGUGCGGUUUACUCGUGUCUACUACAGAAAGUUAGGUGGUCUUCGUACUAAUUCGAAGGCUUCAUCAUGAAGACUCACAUUUUAGUACUGGUAGUAGUUUUUGCAAUUUUGAUUACGGAUACUGCCGCUGAAAGGCGAAAGCAUAAGAAAUAUCGUAAAAAAGUACCACCUAGUGAAGACAUUAGUAAUAUUGAAAUCAAGUCACCUGAAGAAGUACCACAUGUAGAAGUUCCUUCAGAAACUGGAGAUAAAGACAGCCUUAUUUCAGAUCCCUGUGCCCAAGUUUAUUGUGGAGCAGGUAAAAUUUGUCAAGUGGAUGAGGAUGAUGAACCCCAAUGUGUGUGCAUUCCGGAGUGCCCAGUUGAGAGUGAACCUCGUCGUCAAGUCUGUUCCAAUAUGAAUGAAACCUGGACUUCCGAUUGUGCUGUUUACCAACAACGUUGUUGGUGUAACUCUGGGGAUGCUCGUUGCAGAGGAGAUGAAUAUAAACACAUACACAUAGAGUACUAUGGAAUGUGCCGUGAAAUGAGAGAAUGUGUAAAGGAAGAAAUGGAAGAUUUCCCAAGACGCAUGAGAGAUUGGCUUUUCAACAUAAUGAGAGACAUGGCUGACCGAAAAGAGCUUACCCCACAUUAUCUGGAAAUGGAACGUGAAGCAGAAUCGAAUUUAACUCGUCGCUGGACCAACGCUGCUAUCUGGAAAUGGUGUGAUUUAGAUGGAAAUCCUCCAGAUAGAUCAGUAUCAAGACAUGAACUGUUUCCAAUCAGAGCUCCUCUUAUGGCGUUGGAACAUUGCAUUGCACCAUUCCUAAAUGACUGUGACAAAGAUGAUAAUCACAAAAUCUCUUUGGAGGAGUGGGGAAAAUGCUUAGAAUUGGACGAGAGCGACUUGGAAGACAGAUGCGAUCAAAUUGCUGGACAGUAAGAAUUGAAAACAGUCGUAAUUAUAGUUAGAAUGUAUAAUUUCUCUAUGGUGCUAAAUCGUAUGUAAUGUAGUUGUAUUGCAGAUUCCUUAAUCUUCCAUUCUUUUUGUACUUAUUUUAGAUAAUGGAAACGUUAUAAAUCACUGCCAGAAACACUUGGUUAUUAUUAUAAAUAUUGCUAUUGCGUAUUGAUAUCUGAAUUAACUUUUGUGUUAAAAUGAUUUUGUAAAGGUAAAAUAAAAUCUCUGUCACUAUGA